AUGGCACAAGAAAUCGUAACUAAGGUCCUAGAAAAAGCCGAGACGCCUUUGAUAUCGAUAUUUUCAUUCGUACUUGCGUGGCAUCCGGAGAGCCUAGAUAGGCUAGAACCCGCGGCCGAAGCUAUACAACCUCAUGAACUAUACGGCUGGUAUCGAGAGGACUUUAGAGCUAUUCAUGGUUCUCGCAUGCAGUUUGAACAGAAUGUCCCGCCCAAAGACCCGAGAUAUUUCAUUAUCAGCCUUGACACUCUUGGAAUCCGUGCGUUCCAGCUGCUUGAAGAUCGUCCAACUGUUGCGGAUAGCAAAUUCCCAGACUGCUUGUGGUUUAUCGUUGACAAGCUAAGCCGACUAGAUGAUUACCUUAUAAGGACAAAUGGAGACUUUCUGCGUCUUGAUCCCAUAAGAACAUCAAUAGAUACGCUAAUGCUAUGGGAUACACCGGCACCCCCUGACCAAUUCACGAUUGUGAAUGAUGGACUUUCCAAGCCAAUGCGCAUGAGAUACUAUGCCACUAUCGGAAGGACCCCCUCAUUUGGAUAUAUUUUCCUUUGGCUCCAAAUGAAGGAAUCCGUGGGGUUUGGAUUCGUCGACGAUAUGGUCCUCGCAAAUUGA